AUGAUUGACCCUCUGCGCGAAGAGAUCGAGUCGGCUCUUCGGGAGGGUGGCUGGAACAAGAACUCGCUUUACAACAUGAAGCUUUUGGACAGCGUGAUCAAAGAGAGCCAGCGGAUCAAGCCAAUCGGCCUUGUCUCGAUGCGUCGUGUGGCUACAGCGCCCCUCACCUUGUCAGACAGCACCUACAUUCCCAAGGGUGCCACGAUUGCCGUGUCAGCAGAGCGCAUGUGGGAUCCAGCUGCUUAUCCUGGAGCUGACUCGUGGGAUGGCAACCGGUUUCUGAAGAUGCGAUCUGUUCCAGGCAGCGAGCAUGUUGCGCAGUUGGUUAGCACCAGCCCUGAGCACAUGGGCUUUGGACACGGGCAGCAUGCCUGUCCUGGGCGCUUUUUCGCGGGGAAUGAAGUCAAGAUUGCGCUUGUUCACUUGUUGCUGAGAUAUGACUGGCGACUACCCGAGGGAGCUGCAGCCCCAAAGCCAAGAACACUGGGCUUUGGUCUUGGGGUUGAUCCGAGCCUGCGCUUGGAGUAUCGGCCGAGAACCAGAAAUCUGGGCGAUCUGGGUGGCAUUGAGGUUUGGUGA